AUGGAGGAAGCUAUGCUUUGCGACGAAUUACCAAAGUUCAGUGAUAUUAGACGCUAUUUCUGCCCAUACUGCGCUAUCUCUAGGUCCAAAAAAACCCUAAUCACCUCCCACAUCAAUUCCCAACACAAGGAAGAGUUGGAGAAAGCUAAAGUUGAAUCUCAACAUGAAGCAGAGGUUGAUGUGAAAGAUAAUACAUGUGAGGAGUGUGGUGCUAAUUUCAAAAAACAUGCUUAUUUGUUGCAGCAUAUGCAAAGCCAUUCUCUUGAGGAAAGUAAUGUUUUAGACACUAAAAUGAUCUAUAUAAUUAUGGACAUUAUAGUGUUGGGAGACCUCCUGAGAAGCUUCAUCAAGGAUAUGCCUCGGUCACGCUCAAUUCAAAACAAGAGGCCAUAUGCAUGUACCCUUGAGGAUUGUAAUGCAAGUUAUAGAAGAAAGGACCAUUUGAAUCGUCACCUUCUACAGCAUCAAGGGAAAAAUUUCAAAUGUCCCGUUGAGAAUUGCAAAAGUGAUUUCUCUUUGCAAAGCAAUUUGAAAAGACAUCUUGGCGAGAUGCAUGAUGAAAAUUCUACACCUGCUAGGAAUGGUGAAAACCAGAAGCGGUUUGUAUGUCCUGAAACUGGUUGCGGAAAGGUUUUUCGAUAUGCAUCACGGCUACAGAAGCAUGAAGAUUCUCAUGUUAAGCUGGAGACAGUUGACGUGCUGUGCUUAGAGCCGGGUUGCUUGAAACAUUUCACCAAUUCUGAGUGCCUUAAGGCUCAUGUUAAGUCCUGCCAUCAAUAUGUAACCUGUGACACUUGUGGGACUAAGCAACUGAAGAAGAACAUGAAAAGGCAUCUCCGUACACACGAAACCGGCUCUUCAUCAGAACCCUUUAAAUGUGAACACAAGGAUUGUGACUGCACAUUCUCAACUAAAUCUAAUCUUCAAAAGCAUGAGAAGGCAGUACACUUUGAAGUAAGGCCUUUUGUGUGUGGAUUUCGUAACUGUGGCAUGAGAUUUGCUUACAAACACGUGAAAGACAAUCAUGAAAAGACGGCAAAACAUCUUUUUACCCUUGGUGACUUUGAAGAAGCUGAUGAAGAAUUCAGGUCAAGGCCAAGGGGAGGGGUGAAGAGAAAAUGUCCUACAGUAGAUAUGUUGAUUAGGAAAGGAGUUACUCCACCUGGUGAAUUGGAGAACUUGUUGUUUAAGCAGGUUGUGAGUAAGAUGGAUCAUACUCCUCUCUAG